AUGAGUACAAGGAACAAGAAGAAGCGAAGUGCAGUUAAGAAUGUGAUGAAGAGGGCAGAACAGAAAACAGCCUUACCAGUCGUAAUAAAUGCACCACCGCUUGAUGAGGAAGAAGAAGAAGAUCCGGAGGAACUCCAUCAACGAAAGAAAAGGACAACCGGAGAAUCCAUAACAACUCCAAGCUUCAGACCUCCAAAUGUCCCACCGCCUCCACCACCAAGGCCAGUUUGUGCCAACUUUGAUCUCAAGAAUAAGAGCACCGGUCAUUCGAGUGUAUGGGCCGGUGUGCUGAUCGAUGUUGAAAGACGUGCUAAAGAACACAGAGCAAGGCAAGAAGAAGAAAGAAGACGGUUGGAAAAGGAGCAAGAAAAAGAGCAACACAAGGGGGGAUCAUCCAAGCCCUAA